GUUAUAGGGUUACAAUAUCUUUUGAAAUUUGGAAUUCCCACUGAGGUUGCUGACCCAGAUAGCCAGUCAAACCCCUAGCUCAUAACAUUUGACCCACUACAAAAUAAAGCCCACCUGCCCUAAACCCACCCCUAUAGGACAAACAAACCCUCAUCCACUUCCAAACAAUAGGUGUCUAGCUAACUUCCUUUUUGUCUGUAAAAAUCAUUUGCCCUCCCUAGAAGCCUGAAGCUACUUCUCAUUUGCUUCCUGCUGCAGCAGAAAUUGGUGUCUGGAAGAAAAUUUGUAAUCUGCAAUCUUGGCUCUGAUUUGUCUUUCAACAGUUGUUAUAAAGAAUAGGGAUAGUGUAUAAAAAGCAACUUGUUCAAUGUUUGGUGCUUAGUGAAUGGUAGCCCUUGUGCCGUGGGGCCUUUCCUCUGCUCAACUUUGAAAAUUAUAUUGGGACAGUCCAUUCUUUAGUUCAAAGGUUAGAUAUAUUCACUAAAGUGUUUGGAGGUUGUACAAGAAGAAACUAACAUAUUGCAUUUUGUCAUUGGGAUGUGAACUCACAAUGACAUCUUAAUGAAUAAUAAUGAUAAAUGCAUAAUUAUAAAGAUAACCACAAAUAGCACCAUUGUUUUAGAAAGUAUGAUAUUAUUCUCCCACUGCUUUGUUCUGAGACAACCUUAUAAACCAGGAAGGUAAAAUCUGCUUUGUUUCAGUUAUAAAAAUGGGAAGGAUUGACCUGGAAUAUAAUUUUAGUGUCAGUAGUUAAAGAUUAUAUAGUUUAGAUGGAUAAAGGUUGUAGAUUAUACUUGUUAAAAGAGAAACUCUUCAUGCAAUUUGGGAUCUCACAAUUUUGUUGAGUGAUUGAUGAAUCAGGCAGCAACCCAUUCAGAAAGUAGAAAGGAGCUCUGCUGAGGAGGUAGAAAGGGGAAGCUUAUAUAGGGCAAAGACAGAAGCAAGUGAAGACACGUUCUGAUUGGCUGGAGUCAAGUUUCCGUUUUACCUUGGGCCAGAAGUUCUUACAAAGGAGGGAGCAGAUAAUACAUUAAUUAGCAUGAAAAAGAAAAUUCAAAUUCAGAGGUCAAGACCAUCUAUGUAUUAUUUUUUGGAAAACUAGCUAAGGACUGUGUGCAAGUUUUCUAUCAAGGGGUGUUGGGGAUAUUGCUGUGAAUAAGACAAGCUGUCAUGGUGCACUGGGUCCAGUGGAGAAGAGUAUAAUUAAACAACUCUUAUGAUACCAUUGCAUUGACUGGAUUUGUUGUUUUGUCUGCCUCUUCAUCCACAAACAGAGAUAGUAAACAUUCCUUAUUUUUGAAAGCAUUUGAGGACUUCAAAUCAACUGUUUAUGUUUUUCUUAAAUCUGUAAGAAAUUUUAAGACAGAAUCUAUGUCUUUGGUUCCAGCAACUCAUUAUACAUACACACCCCUGAAUCAACUUAAGGGUGGUACAAUUGUCAAUGUAUAUGGUGUUGUGAAGUUCUUCAAGCCCCCAUAUCUUAGCAAAGGAACUGAUUAUUGCUCAGUUGUAACAAUUGUGGACGAGACAAAUGUAAAGUUAACCUGCCUGCUUUUUAGUGGAAAUUAUGAAGCACUUCCAAUAAUUUAUAAAAAUGGAGAUAUUGUUCGUUUUCACAGGCUAAAGAUCCAGGUAUAUAAAAAGGAGACUCAAGGUAUCACCAGCUCUGGCUUUGCUUCUUUGACAUUUGAGGGAACUUUAGGAGCUCCUGUCAUACCUCGGACAUCAAACAAGUAUUUUAACUUCACGAGUGAAGACCACAAAAGAGUAGAAGCCUUACGUGUUUGGGCAUCUAAUCAUAUUUCACCUUCUUCAACAUUACUAAAAUUGUGUGAUGUUCAGCCAAUGCAGUACUUUGACCUGACUUGCCAGCUUUUGGGUAAAGCAGAAGUGGAUGGAGCAUCAUUUCUUCUAAAGGUAUGGGAUGGCACCAGGACACCAUUCCCAUCUUGGAGGGUCUUAAUACAAGACCUUGUUCUUGAAGGUGAUUUAAGUCACAUCCAACGGCUACAGAAUCUGACAGUAGACAUUUUAGUCUAUGAUAAUCAUGUGCAAGUGGCAAGAUUUCUGAAGGUUGGAAGCUUUCUUAGAAUUUAUAGCCUCCAUACCAAACUUCAAUCAGUAAAUUCGGAGAGCCAGUCAACAUUAUUAGGUCUAGAAUUUCAUCUCCAUGGAGGUACCAGUUAUGGUCGAGGAAUCAGGGUCUUGCCGGAAAGUAACUCUGAUGUGGAUCAACUGAAAAAGGUAUUAGAAUCUGUAGAUUUGACAGCCAACCAGCAGUUAGAUCGUAUCUGUCUACCAGAAUAUGAGGACAGCUUUCCAACCUUUUCAAGCUCUGGAUCAGUAUCACUAUACGAGGUAGAAAGAUGUCAGCAACUGUCUGCAACAAUACUUACAGAUCAUCAAUAUUUGGAGAAAACCCCAUUGUGUGCUAUUUUGAAACAAAAAGCCCCUCAACAAUAUCGCAUUAGAGCAAAACUGAGGUCAUAUAAGCCCAGAACACUCUUUCAAUCUCUUAAACUUCAUUGUCCUAAAUGUCAUUCACUGCAAGAUGUUCCACAUGAUAGAGAUUUGGAUAUAAUUUUGCAAGAUGGUGCAACCAGAACCCCAGAUACCAAACUACAAAAUACAUCAUUAUAUGAUUCAGAAAUCUGGACCACUAAAGAUCAAGGAGAACGAAAAGUAGCUAUUCAUUUUGUGAAAAAUAAUGGUGUUCUCCCACUUUCAAAUAACUGUCUAAUUUUGAUAGAAGGAGGUACACUCACUGAAAUCUGCAAUCUCUCAAACAAAUUUCAUAGUGUAAUUCCUGUGAGAUCUGGCAUUGAAGGCCUGGAACUCCUUGACCUUUCAGCACCAUUUCUUAUACAAAGAAAAAUACAGCACUAUGGAUGUAAGCAAUGUUCUAGUUUGAGACCAAUGCAAAAUCUAAAUUCUCUCGUUGAUAAAACAUCUUGGAUUCCUUCUUCUGUGGCAGAAGUACUGGGCAUUGUACCUCUCCAAUAUGUGUUUGUUAUGACAUUUACUCUUGAUGACGGAACAGGAGUUCUUGAAGCUUUUCUCAUGGAUUCUGACAAAUUCUUCCAGAUUCCAGCAUCAGAAAUCCUAAUCAGUGAUGACCUUCAGAGAAGUAUGGAUAUGAUCAUGGAUAUGUUUUGCCCUUCAGGAAUAAAAAUUGAUGCAUACCCAUGGUUGGAAUGCUUCAUCAAGUCAUAUAAUGUCACAAAUGGAACAGAACAGCAAGUUUGCUAUCAGAUUUUUGAUACUACAGUUGCAGAAGACCUUAUCUAAUAUUGUCAUUCAAUGUAGCAUAUGUAAAAUUCUGUAAUUUUAGAAAACAUUAUUAUUUUCUAUGAGAUUAUUAUAAAACAUAAGAGAUUUAGCUCUCUAGUUUUCUUUUGAAAUAUUGUCCACAUUUCCAUUUUAACCUUUAUUUAAAGUAUUUUUUGACAGAUAGACAUUGUGUUAUCUUAAUGUGUUCCUAUGCCUAUGCUAAAAAUGUCCCUGUUGCUCAAAAUAACCAGCAUGAUGGCUUCCAGGGAUAUAAGAAAAAGAGAGAUUGAAUAAAUAAGGGCUCUGUUUUCAUUUGCUUUUUGCAGUCCUUCAGAGAAACUCUUUUGGUGACCUAUACUAAAAGCUGCUUUUCCUGUUGUUUUUUCCAUUAGUCAACCACUGAUUCCUCUGCUAUCCUAGGUUGAGCUAGAUGUUUAUAUCACUGAUGUGGAUGAUUUUAGUGUGGGUAUGGGAUUAGAAAAUAUCCUUACGUUAAAUUUUUGGCUUUUACUGAGCAGAGAUCAAUGGCAGCUAGUACUUUUGCUUUGUUUCGUUUUGUUUUUCUACAGAGGGAUCUGUUUAAACAAGUACUGCUUAAAGAAGUGGUUGCUUAAAUGAAGUACAGUGUACUGAAGAAAGUGAACUUCUUUAAGGAAAAGUGACAGAAUUGCUUUGUUUGGAUGCUGAUAACUGACCAUUUUAGGAUAAAUCCGUCUUUUUCAUGCUUGAAUUAUGUACCUUGAUUUCUUGUUUCUUUCCAUGAUGUUAGAAGUUAUUCCAUUCCACCUCAAUCGUAGGAAGUGAUCAUAUUUACCAUGUUAGUGAUUGAAUGGUCAACUCAGCAUAAUAGUCUGCUUUUUACCUGAUAAGGUUUUUCAAAUUUAAGAUCAUGAAUAUUCAUUUUUAUGCAGAUAUUUCUAUAUGUUUGUGUAUGUGUUUGUAUUUAUGUAUGUUAUUUGCUCAAGGCUGAGAUACAAAUCUGCCUUUUUCAAUAUUAAUGAAGAAUAAAUAAAAGCACACGUUUCAUCUGUCUCCUUUAUUUACACCAUAUUGAGUUGAGGCAAGAUAUGUGGCAAAGAAUCAAAGCAGGUAUGUCAGUAUAGCAGACCUUUAGGACUGCCCCAUAUGAGGCACUCUGCUAAACCCUUAACAUGAACUUGAACCUCACAACAACCCAUUUUCAUGAGAGGAAAACUGAGGCUUGAUUAAUAAGCUAACUUGACUAAGUUCACACAUUUAUCAAGGGCUAAGUUCAGGACUUGAAUUCAGAUAAUCUUUGUCCAGAGCCUGCACUGUUAACCACUCCAGGAUUCUGGAGCAAAAGUUAGCAUGGUGUUGGCUGCAAAUAAAUCUUGCCUUAAAUAAUUGAAGUAACAUUGGAAAUAGAUUAUAACUGGAGCCAGUGAUGUGUUUUUCUGUAUUAUCAAAGGGCUUUUAACAGCCUUUCAACAAAAGGACUAUCUGAUUUCCUCUGCUUAUAAUAACCCUAGAUUCUAGUUUCUGGGUAGUUUUGCACAUCUUCAGACCUAACUACCCAUCACUGCCAUCACUGACUGAGCUAUAUCAGCCUGCUAUUGACAGUGAAAGGGACCGAAGCUGCUGUACAGGGAAAAAAUGUUUAAACUCCGCAAGUGAAGAGAUUCGUUUCAGUAUCGAUGUUCUAGGGAUACAAAGGAAAGAUAGGUAUUUUAUCUGCCUUCAGGAAGCAGCCAGUCUAGAAGAGUAGGAGUCAAAAGGUGCACUGGCUUCACAGUGAACCUGAUGCAUCUCCAAGUUUACAAAGUGAAACUCUUCCUAUGAAUCUUCAUGGUGAUGGGUCAUUUCUCUU